CGGAAUCCUCCGAAAUGUCAGCCGAAGAAUGUCGCGCAGCUUCCAUCGAAAACCGGAACUGACGUUGAAGCUGAAGCUGUCACCAAAAAAUCACAUCACAAUCAAAGUCAAUUUACUUGCCAUUGAGUCCCCCCGCCGACAUACUCUUCGACUCUAAGUCAAGAUGGUGUUUCAGACUCCUAUUCCACGGGAAUAUCCCUCCUACAAGAGCCCCUACGGACCUAAGUACCACUACCAACCGAAUAUUGCAGGAUGGACGUUUAAGCAGAUCGGCCGCCUCGGAUUGCAGGCCGGCGCUUUCGGCGGCGUAGCCCUUUUCGCCGUCAUCUACUACGCAUCCGGCAUCCCCAGAGUACAGAAGGAUAUCCUACAAAAAAUCCCCUUCAUCGGUAGCUACUACAUCAAGGAGAUCCCCCCGUCAGACAAUCCCUUCUAAACUUGGGUCGUGCUGGUAGUUUUUACUAGACAGAUAAGGGGGCGCGAUGCUAGAAUAGAGCUCAUACUGCGAACUUCUGUACAAAAUGCAAAAUGACAUCCAAAUAGAUCUCUCAUUGAGUCUUUAGACACCCCAUCCUUACCUUUUUGUAUUUGACGUAGUUCUAUUUUACACGGUGCUCACUGUUGGCCAACCUCAUCUAAUUGUCUGUCUAAUACGGAUGACCCUUUCAAAAGUUAUGUCCAUAGGAAGGCCCUAUCUUUUCAAACAAGGAUAUCUCUUACAAAGGCAGUCAUA